CUAAUAGCUAAAGAAAGUGAUUUGUCUUCAGUGGAAGGAGAGUCAUUUACACCGUGAGGAGCGUCUCUACACACUACAUUUCCAUGGCUAAAGUUGGACUGAGGUAGAGGCAGCUUCAUCCGGAUGGUUUGUUUUUCCUUCCACAUCUAUGGAGGAUUUAGUUGACACUGGCAGACAGAGAAAACUCCUUAUUCUGUACCUAUUUAUCGGGAAUAUUGCAGCUGAUUGUCCCAUACCUCAACAUGGAGAGAACACAGUUCUCACAGAAGAAUCCCUCCUAAAAAAUUCAUUCCCUGAUGGUACUGUGAUCACAUAUAAGUGCAGAAAUGGAUAUUACAAAGUAAGUGGCACUGGGACGAUGAACUGCGUCGAUGGGAAGUGGACCGAGCCAGAUAUCAUCUGCAGUAUGAAAGAAUGUGGUCUCCCUGAAGCACAACCACACAUGCUAUUUGACACCAGCGAAGGUACUCUGUUUGGUGCAAUGGUUAAAAUAACCUGUGAAGAAGGUUACCGGGUCACUGGAUGGAACUACAGACUGUGCAUGGACAUAGGGUGGUAUGGAAAGGGAGACUGUGUCCUUGUUACUUGUCCCAUCCCGACCAAAGUGGAAAAUGGCGAACAUUCUUGGAGUAGUGACGAUAAACCAGAAUAUCAACAAACGAUACAUUUCUCGUGUAACACAGGAUACACUAUGGUUGGGAAUAAAACCAUUAGGUGUACUAAAACUGGCAAAUAUGAUUUUGGGCCACCACAAUGCAUCGCUUUUUGCCCCAUACCUAAAGGUGGAGAGAACAUGAAUCUCACUGAUGAAUCCCUCCUAAAAAAGGAUUUCCCAGCAGGUACCGAGGUCACAUAUGAGUGCAUAAUUGGAUAUGAAAAAGUAAGUGGCACUGGGAUCAUGAAAUGCGACGAUGGGAAGUGGACCAAGCCAGAUAUCAUCUGCAGGAAGAAAGACUGUGGUCUCCCUAAAGCACAGCCACACAUGUUAUUUGACACCAGCCAGGGUACUCUAUUUGGUGCAGUGGUUAAAGUAACUUGUGAAGAAGGUUACUAUAUCAAUGGAAUGAGCAACAAACAGUGCUUGGACACAGGAUGGUUUGGAACUGCAAGUUGUGUCAUUUUUACUUGUUCCAAACCGACCAAAGUGGAAAAUGGCAGACAUUCUUGGGAUAGUGACCGUGAACCAGAAUAUGGACAAACUAUACAUUUCACAUGUAACACAGGAUACACCUUGUUUGGGAGUAAAACCAUUAGGUGUACUAAAACUGGCGAAUAUGAUUCUGAGCUACCACAAUGCAUCGCUGACUGUCCCAAACCUCAACAUGUAGAGAACACAAAUCUCACUGCUGACUCCCUCCUAAAAAGCUUUUUUCCAAGUGGUACUGAGAUCUCAUAUGAGUGCAUAAUUGGAUAUGAUAAAGUAAGUGGCACUGGGAUCAUGAAAUGCGACGAUGGGAAGUGGACCGAGCCAGAUAUCAUCUGCAGGAAGAAAGACUGUGGUCUCCCAGAAGCAAAACCGCACAUGUUAUUCGAUACCAGCCAGGGUACUCUGUUUGGUGCAAUGGUUAAAGUAACCUGUGAAGAAGGGUACCAGAUCAUUGGCUCAAGCUACAAACAGUGCUUGGACAUAGGAUGGUUUGGAACGGCAGACUGUGUCAUUGUUACUUGUCCCAAACUGACCAAAGUGGAAAAUGGCAAAAAUUCUUGGAAUAGUGACAAUAAACCAGAAUACCAACAAACAAUAAAUUUCACAUGUAACACAGGAUACACCUUGUUUGGGAAUGAAACCAUAAGGUGCACUAAAACUGGGGAAUAUGACCUUGAGCUACCACGAUGCAUUGAGAAAGACUGUGGUCUCCCAGAAGCAGAACCGCAUAUGUUAUUCGAUACCAGCGAAGGUACUCUGUUUGGUGCAAUGGUUAAAGUAACCUGUGAAGAAGGUUACUGGGUCAAUGGAUCGAACUACAAACAUUGCUUGGACACAGGAUGGUUUGGAAUCGUAGACUGUGUCCCUCAUACUUGUCCGAAACCUACCAAAGUGGAAAAUGGCGAACAUUCUUGGAAUAGUGAUGAUAAACCAGAAUAUCAACAAACAAUAAAUUUCACAUGUAACACAGGAUACACUAUGGUUGGGAUUGAAACCAUUAGAUGUACUGAAACUGCUAAAUAUGAUUAUGAGCCACCACAAUGCAUCGCUACUUGCCCCAUACCUAAAGGUGUAGAGAACAUGGUUCUCACUGAUGAAUUCCUCCUAAAAAAGGAUUUCCUAGAUGGUGCCAAUGUCACAUAUGAGUGCAGCAAGGGAUUUGUAAAAGAAAGUGGCUCUGAGAUCAUAACCUGCAUUGAUGGGAAUUGGACUAAGCCAGAUCUAAUCUGCAAGAGCCAUAGUAUAGAGACUAUAAAUAAAGGAAAUGCACCUUUUUUAAGCAGAUUGGCGAUAAUUAUUACAGUUUGCUGUGUAGUUGGAUUUAUUUUAAACAUCUUUCUUGUGAGGAGACAAUGCUCAAAUGACACUGGAGAAGAGCUGACGCCGGAGGAGAUAAUGCAGUUCCAAACUUUUUAAGUGUUCUUCUUCAUUCAGUUGGAACUGGACCCAGCUGUUGGGACAUCUACUACAGAUGAAGGACUGCCAAACUCUGAGCGCCUUACCAAGCCUUGGAUAAAGCAAGCAGACUCCCUUUUAUCAUCUUAUAUUUUUUUAACUUUUAAAAGAAGAAAACCAAACGUCA